CUCAGCGCCAGCAGGCUUUAUGGGGGAAGAAAUGAGAGGUUGAACUGGGGGAGGGGGCGUUAGUCCCUGGAGACUAAAGCGGUAACAGUGAAAGAGUUGUCUUAGUGCAGCGUGGGAGACACCAUCAAGUAGGAGAUGGGUGUUACUGAGUUGAGAGCCGGCAGAGGUCCUUGUGACUUGGUUGAAUGACUAAGCCACUGCUCACAGAACAGAGAGCAGCGGGGUUUUGUUGAUUUGCAGGUGUGGGUUAAAACCCAGUCAUACUCAGUGGUUCCUAAAGAUUUUUGUUUUGGUGUUUAGUGGCAGACUUGGACCACCAGGUAGUCACACUGAGCUCAUCCUUGACCUGCUUAAAUGUUUGAAUACCUGAUGUCUUUUCCCCAUAUAAGAUAUCUUUUUUUUUUUUUUUUCUUUUUCAUUUUUAUCGGUACCAGGGAUCGAACUCACGACUGCCUGCUUGCAGUCUGCUGAGCUAAAUCCCCAGCCCCCACACAAGAUAUCUUGACCUGGCACUCGGCAGACUUGGCAGAAACUGCCAAGUUACUCAGUGGAUGUCCUCAUCCUGCAUAAACAUCCUGGCCUUAGGGAAGGGCUGCAAGACAUUAGUGCUUGAUCUUCUGAAAAGUACAAGUUAAAAUAGAAGAAACGCACACAAGCAUCAGUGGUACUAAAUUAAGUCUGCAUCACUGUCUCGGGCAAAAUUUUUAAAUGGUGAACCUGUCCACAGAAAGAGAAGACAUCCAGAGAAAAUGACCCAUUGGUUUCAUAGGAACCCACUUAAGGCUACUGCUCCUGUCUCUUUUAACUACUAUGGUGUGACCACUGGCCUUCCUGCUUCAAAAAUUUGCAAUGACCUGAGAUCGUCCAGGGCACGACUCCUCGAGCUGUUCACUGAGCUUAGCUGUAACCCAGAAAUGAUGAAGAAUGCAGCAGAUUUGUAUUUCUCACUUUUGCAAGGUUUCAUAAAUUCACCAGAUGACUCUACACAGGAAAGCAAGUUACGGUACAUUCAGAAUUUCAAGUGGACCGAUACACUACAAGGACAGGUUCCAAGUGCCCAACAGGAUGCUGUUUUUGAAUUAAUUUCCAUGGGAUUUAAUGUAGCUUUAUGGUAUACCAAGUAUGCUUCAAGACUGGCUGGAAAAGAAAACAUAACAGAAGACGAAGCAAAAGAGGUCCACCGAAGCCUGAAAACUGCAGCUGGGAUUUUUAAACAUUUGAAGGAGAGUCACAUCCCGAAGCUGAUCACACCUGCAGAGAAGGGAAGAGACUUGGAGCCCCGGUUGGUGGAAGCCUAUAUUCUCCAGUGUCAGGCUGAGGCUCAAGAAGUGACAAUUGCCCGAGCAAUUGAACUCAAACACGCUCCCGGGCUGAUUGCUGCGCUGGCAUAUGAAACAGCCAAUUUCUACCAGAGAGCUGAUCAUACUUUAUCCAGUUUGGAGCCUGCGUAUUCUGCUAAAUGGAGAAAAUACCUUCACUUGAAGAUGUGUUUCUACACAGCUUAUGCAUACUGCUACCAUGGCCAGACCCUGCUGGCUGGAGACAAGUGCGGUGAGGCCAUCAGGUCCCUUCAGGAAGCAGAGAAGUUGUAUGCCAAGGCUGAAGCACUCUGCAAAGAGUAUGGCGAGACCAAGGGGCCUGGACCCUCAGCCAAGCCCUCGGGGCACCUGUUCUUCCGGAAGCUGGGGAGCCUUGUGAAGACUACACUGGACAAGUGUCAGAGGGAGAACGGUUUCAUUUACUUUCAAAAAAUUCCAGCGGAAGCCCCACAAUUGGAACUCAAAGCAAAUUACGGGCUGGUGGAGCCUGUGCCUUUCGAGUUUCCUCCCAUGGGCGUUCAGUGGACACCAGAAACGCUGGCUGCAUUUGACCUCACCAAGAGGCCCAAGGACGACGGUGCCAAACCCAAGCCAGAAGAAGAAGUAAAAGCUGUGACGGAGCCAGAUAUCAAGCCCCAGAAGGACACCGGGUGCCGCAUCUCCUAAAAGGCUAUGUGUACCUGAUUUUCUCUUGAGAGGGUAGGAGAAACCGUGGGGCUUCAUUUCCUGCUGCUUCAAGUGCCCGCUCUACAGCGUGUGGAGUCCUCCUGCAUUCAGAGAGAAUCUGCCCCCAGUUGCUUGGGCUUGAUUUCCCGGUAGCGAGAAGCUUCCUACUCCAUUCCCAGCUCCCUUCGGCUCAAGUGUGGGAAGGUUCAGUGCCAGAUGCACCAUUUGAGGGGGGUCUUUUGAACACUGGAUUCUGAUUUUCAGCUUAGCGUAUUCUAGGCCUGAGUGAUACGUUUAGGGCAGGGUUUUCUACACAGAAACCUUUAUUUUCCUUCUUAUUUGAUACCAAAAGAAUGACAAGAAUCAGUUUUGGAGACAGGUGUACCCCUCUCCGUCGUGUUCAUUGUAGAAUAGAUUUAUGUUCUGAUUUAUUUGUCUUUUCUGUGGAAAAAAAAAAGUCACAGUGCUCCCCAAAAACUUUCAUAGCAGAUCCCUUAACAUGUAUUAGGGUCUAUAAUUUACUUGAAAAUCAGCAUUUCUGUAUUGAGACCUUUAAAGACUUGUACUUGUUUUAUAGCCCCAUGUUAGUUCAUUCUUAGUGGCCCUGCAAUGAUUUCUGCAAAUCCCUUUUCUAAUGUGUUUUUUACAUAGAUUAAAACUUCGUAACAACACCUACUGUUUCUAUCUAUGUCAGGGAGGAUAGUAAGGAUGGGUAAUGUUUUUUUGAAGAAAUCAAACAUUGCAUGAUAUAAAGAAAAAAACUUAGGUUGUCCUGAAUUACACUGGUAACUACGCCUUUCUUUAAAAAGUCUUAGUAAAAUGCCUUUGUUGCCUGAUUUCACUGUAUAUUGCUUUUAUAUGAUUUUCUUUCAUAUAUAUAUAUAUCACUGGAAUUGUAUUUCUUUAGGCCAAAAGUCAUAGCAAAAUCUUAAGAACAUACACAUACAGUAUGACACUAAAAAUGGACUGUACUGUUUGCACAGUUCAGUGUAUGCACUUACUGGAGAAGUAGUGGAUGCAUAAAACUUCAACCAAACCAACACUCUGUAGGUUUACUUCCUGCCGAAGACUAUGCUGGGCUGUUAGGUAAUUUUCCUAUCAUGCAAGACAGAUCGGUUCACUUCAUAGUACUCAUGGUCAGGUGCUAGGAGAGCUUUCUGCACGCCCAGGCUGUGCUGAGCACUUACAUGGGCAAGUCACAGAAUUCACCCAGCACUCUGUGAAAACAGUGUAAAAUCUGCAAAGAGCACUGAAAGAAGAAUGUACCUCCCUGUAUCACAAAUAAACACAGAGUAGUGUAAUGUCUUAGUGUUUUGUCACUGGGCCAGAAUACCUGGUGACACACCUGGAGAAAAGAUUUGCUUUGGCUCACAGUUUCAGAGGUUUCAGUCCAUGGUCACUGGGACAUUGUGGUGGAAAGGUGAGUGGAGGAGGACAGCUGCUCUGAGGCAGAGGAGGAGCCGGGAAGCCUCUCCAGGGUACUCGCCCAAGUGGCCACGCCUCCCCCACUGUCCUCUGCACCACAGUGUUGCCCUGGCCAGGCCCAGGCACCAGGAUCCAGCCUCAGCCAUCUCCCAACAUGGGAGCUUUCAGCAAGGUCUGUGGUCCAAACGGGGCACUGACUGCCUGAGUCCAGACGGUGUCAGAUAGACGAUGGCUUCAGUCACACAGCAAGCUCUUGCUUGCCACAAAACACUGCAUAGACUCACACCUUUUUAGAAAUGUGUAGAAAUGCUAAUAACGCUUAGUACUUGAAAUUGCAGUUUCCAGGAUGUUUGGAAUAAUAACAUGCUUAGUUUUGCUCUGCCGACGAUAGAAUGCUAGGUGUCGCUGUGCUUUGUGUGGUCGUUACUGCAGUCACCCGCUGCCUGUGCUAGUGGGUGGCAGCAUGGAAAGCGCGCUGGAUGCCGCCCUCAGGUUGUUCCCCCCGGCACUUGCACGUGCACACCCGGUCACUCAGCCGUUCCGCUCUGUGGAGUGGAAACUGCACCCAGGGGUGUAAACUUGGGAGAUGCUGCGCUGAAGCUGGCAGCAGCUCUGACCAGCAGACGCUAACAGCGGGCAUCUCUGGACUCAGCUGAGGUGACAGUGUACAGCCAGGAUGCCCCAUCGCGCCUCACACCUUUCUAAAUGGGACUGAGAGUUUGGGGAGUCACAGGACAGCCCGAGAGCUGGAACGGCCGGUGCCAACGCUGCAACUGUUUGUGGCAGGCGGUGAUGCUCAUGUACUACUACUGCCGAGUUCCCUUUUUAUUUAUGAAAAUAAAAGCCGUUUUCCUUACA